GUGUAUACGUAUAUUUACAAAUUUUCACAUUUCACAACCAACCAUUUUUUUAUGAGAGAAAUUUAAUUAAUGAAACUGUUAUUAUCUAUAAACUAAAUACCGGAGUGGCUGGAUUGUAUAGUACCGAAGUUAUUGAAUCUCCGACAUUCGGUAACUAUGGCCACACUGGAGGACAAAAUACUUGGUGAAAAACUGCAUAACUACUGCAGUAGCAGUGAGGAUGAGGGCUCUGAAGAUGAGGGGAGUGGAGAUGAAGAAAAGACUAUAAAAACAUCAGUCACAGCAGAGCCACCUCCGGUCAACAACUGGAAUGGAUCUGCUAGCAAUACAGGGCCUAAAGGUGUCCUUGAGGAUUGGCGAAGAUUUAAACAAUUGGAAGCAGAAAACCGGAAAGAAGUUGAAAGAGAGCGCAUAGCCCUUGCUAAAAAACUUACUUUGACAGUCAAAACAGAAGCAGAAGAUGAUGCAGACAAGGAAAGAGAUGAAAUUGAAGAUGAACUAAAUGAAUUAAUUGAUGAAGGAUUUCUUAUGAAAUACCAACAACAAAGAAUGCAAGAACUUAUGGCUAAGUUACAGAAAGUACCAAAGUUUGGUAAAGUGACAACUUUGAAGAGCCAAGAUGAGUUUUUGAAUGCCAUUGACAAGGAAGAUCCAAAAGUUGCAGUGAUAGUUCACAUUUACAGUGACAGAAAAAGAGCAUGUCAAACAAUGGAUGGUUGUCUUAAUGUUUUAGCAACCGAGUAUCCUACUACUAAGUUUUGUCGCAUUGCUGCUGAUAUUACUGGUCUAAGCCGUCAUUUUCGUGUCGAUGGAGUGCCAGCAUUACUGGUGUAUAAAGGUGGUCAGGUUAUUGGUAACUUUGUUCAACUUGCAACAGAAUUAGGUGACGAUUUUUUUGCUACUGAUGUAGAAAAAUACCUCAUAGAAUUUGGAAUGCUCCCAGAAAACUAAUUAUGUAGUCUUCUAUCUUUUGUUUGUUGUGUUUUAAGAAUAAGAUAUUUUUAAGUGAACAAAAAUGGUGUUCUAAUUUUAAAUAUGUUUUAUAUUUAAUUCUGAACAUCCAUCAAAGAUAAAAAUGUAAUUUCAAUUAACCCUCAAAAGAAAUAUUCAAUUGUACUUACUAAAGUCGUAAUGCAUUUCCUUAAGAAAGUCAGUUUGCCCUUUGAUGCUUAAUAUUAAAACUUUUUUAAUGGCUGGUGUGGUCUGGCUUUCACAUAGCCUACACAUAGUGUCUAUGUGUAGGCCAUGAAUUUAUUUUAGAAGUUCUAUUAUUGAAUAACUGCUAUUAUUGUAGAAAAAUAAUGCAAUAAUUUUUAAUUAAUUGUGCAAAGCAUUUAUUUAUAUGGCAAGAGAAACUUGUGAUUAAUGAUAAUUCAGUAUUACUUUUACUGCUUAUAUGGAAAAAUAAAUUGAAUAAUUAUACA